AUGAGCGUCGUCAACAGCAAUGGAGUGUAUAGAGGCAAUGCUCCACAUAAUCAUCAUGGUGACGGCUUAGCUGCGUCAUAUGACAGGAAUGCAAGGCCCUAUCAAGAUAGAUACUCUUAUCGAGAUCGUGAGAUGCAGUUACAACAACUGCGUGAUAGAGAUAGAGAACGUGAACGAGAAAGAGAACGCGAUAGAGAUAGAGAGCGUGAACGUGAACGAGAGCGCGAUAGAGAUAAUAGAGAUACGAGAGAUACUAGAGAUAAUAGAGAGAGGGAUACUAGAAAUGGAGGAAAUAGUAGUAAUAGUAAUGGUGACUGGGAUUAUCGCAAUGGUACAUCUACUGCUGUUGUCAACAAUAAUGGAGGAGGACCUCAAUCGAAUAACAUCAACAACAACAAUAACAACAACUCUGGUGGUCCGAAGAAGAACAAAGGAUGGCCGCAUAGAUGUCGAACCGGGCGAGCUAGAGUCAACGGGUGGAGGUGGAUACCCACCACCUCCAACACGACCAAGCUAUCAAAGACAACGAUCUCAAUCGCCUCCAUCAAGUCGGUCAGCGCCUCACUUUGA